GUUUUAGACCUGGAGAUUUAUGAAGAGAUUUAGGAGUCACAAACCCUUGCGUGGCCGCGAUACGGCACCAAUCUUGGUCUCCAGUCAGGCCCACCAGUUAGCGGAAAUGGUAAGACGGUCAAUUCGAGUGUGCACAAGCAGGAAGGAGGAAGACUUGUGAUGAAAGGCAAGAUCACCAAAGCACAGCGCCAACUUUAUUAAUUUUCGAAACCUCAACAAUACCGUAUCAACAAUGCAACAAGCAAUCCCUGAACAGCCACUAGCCUCGGCGUUGACGUCUUCCGACGCCAAAAAGGCCCAAGUUUCUCCAUCCUCUGGCAGGAGCUGUGUCGACAUCUGGAAACAAUCAACUGGGUACCUUCAUUUGGGCAUUACCAAGUCUGUUAUAGCCGUUAGUCUAUUGGCAGCCCGCAACCCAAAAAGAUGCAUAGGCCUCGUCUGCCUGGUAUCCAUCACACUCAUCACCACAGGCUUGCUUACCAAUUUUUAUUUGGACCCGGGUGACGAGCAAAUCUUCGCCCCCGUCGACUGCCUGCCACAAGAGCACGGUCGGUGGAUUGACGAAACCUAUCCCGAUGUUCGGCGGCCAACCGUCUUGACUGUGCACGCGGAUGGGGGUAACAUCAUGACCUAUGAAGCUAUGAGACGAGUCUUCCAAGUCACAGACAUGGUCCGGAAUAUCGACGGUUAUGCGACCAUUUGUGCGGGUGCAAAUGGCGACAGUGAGGGCUGCCGCCUCCCUGGCCCAACCAGGUUCUGGAACCACAAUGUGACGUUGUUCGAAGAGCAAACACAAGGAUCUGAUGAGGUGGUGAUUCAGACAUUAUCCCAAGAAUCUUUGGACGGAGCACCCUUCCCACAUGACCUCUUUAUUGGAAAGCUACAACGGGAGGUCGUCGAUGGGCACAACCAAACGGACGAUUCUCUCAUCACGUUUGCUCAAGCUAUCACUAGUCUUAUCGAGAUCCCAGAGUGGUCCAAUGGCGAGACUGAAGCUUUUGAGCUGAAAAUGAUCAAUCUGCUACAGCCUAUCAAAGACGAAUGGGCAGCUCAGGGAGAAGAACAGCCUUACCGGCUGGAGCUUUAUGCCUUCCGUUCUAUUCCGGAUGAAGUGACAAGAGCCAUUGCGAAUGACGUACCCUUGAUUCCCUGUGUGUUUGCCAUUAUGGCGGCAUUCACGUGCAUGGUUUUCUGUCGCAGAGAUAUCAUCCAGUCUCGAGCACUGCUUGGCAUCGGAUCGGUCGUCACGAUUCUUCUGUCUAUCAUGAGUGGGUUCGGGCUUGUCUUUAUCAUAGGGUUGCCUUUUACCAGCAUGACUUCCAUCCUACCGUUUGCUAUUUUUGGCAUUGGCCUCGAUGACACUUUUAUCAUCGUAGGGGCAUUCCUGAGGACAGACCCUACGAAAGAUCCUGUUGAGCGCAUCCGAGACACCAUGGAAGAAGCUGGAAUGAGUAUAUCCAUGACAACCAUCACAACUACUGUGGCGUUUGUAAUGGGAGCAUUAACAUCCAGCAUCCCCAUCAUUCAAUGGCUGUGUCUUUACGCAUUUCCAACUAUCUGCAUUGAUUUCCUCUAUCAAAUAACCUUCUUUGUCGCCAUUCUUGUACUGGAUGAAAGGCGAAUUGCGGCAAAUCGAAGAGGCUGUUGUGUUUGCUUCAGAGUGAAGAACCAUGACAAAGAGGAUGUUGACACGGAGGAUGUUGACACGGAUGAGAUGGACGAGGAUGUCUCGCCAGUAGCCAACCAUGUCAAAGCACCAGUGGUUGACCGGUUCAUGAACUGGUAUUGUGAGCACCUGCUGCAUCCUGUGGUCAAGAAAAUUGUCAUGAUUGCCUUUUUAAUUCUGUUUGGAGUCUGUAUAUACAGCACCACUCUCCUCAGACAAGACUUCAAACCAACAGACUUUCUGCCUGAAGUGUCUUACGCUGGGGAAUACCUUGAUGUCAUCGACUUGUAUUCCAAUCGCAAGCUUCCAAUUCUGGUACACUUUAGGGAUGUCAACCAGUCUGACCCCCAAGUUCAACAGCAAAUGAUCGACUACCUGAAUGAUCUAGGGGGCCUUCCUCAGGUCAAUUCCACCCCAGAAGUCUGCUGGGUCACAGACUUUCAAAAGCUACUGAAUGGGGAUGACCCGGCCUUUCAAGCGUACUCAUCUCUUUUCGGCAACAACAGCACUCUGACAUUCACGGAGAAACUGGACAUCUUGCUGAAUAUACCAGAGAUCAAUGAUGUCUAUGGGAAGGACAUUGUACGUAAUGAAGCCGGAGAAAUUGUAGGCUCCUCGUGUCUUUUUUCUGUCAACGGGGUUGACCUUAAUGACAUCAAUGACCAGAGCGACUUCCUUGCUGACCAACGGAGAGUUGCCGAGGCACAGCCAGCCAAUCAAGGUGGUGGCAGAUUCAAGUUUUUCGCAUUUGACCCCAUCUAUUUCAUCUGGGAGUUCUACACUGAUGUGCCCUCUGAGCUUAUGUUUACCACAGUUUCCGGUGUUGUGGCAGUUACUGUACUUGCAUUCAUCCUCAUCCCACACUGGACGGCUGCACUCUUUGUGUUUCCAUUUAUGUGUAUCCUCUACAUCGACCUAUUGGGGAUGCUCCAGUUUGCCGGACUCAGCAUCAACCCCUUGACCUACAUCUGCCUUGUGAUCUCGGUGGGUCUCUUGGUGGACUUCAUCAUGCACAUCCUUCUCCGUUACUAUGAAUCUGCCAUGCCCACUCGCGAGGAAAAGGUCAAGGACACUCUGAGAACCAUGGGGUCUUCCAUCUUAGUGGGCGGCCUCUCUACCUGUCUGGGGGUGUUUCCAUUGGCAUUCAGCAGCAGUGGAAUCAUUAAGACAGUUUUUGUAAUGUUCAUGGCAAUGGUUGCCUUGGGUGUUGCGCAUGGUUUAAUGCUGUUGCCAGUGAUUCUGUCAUAUGUGGGGCCUUCAGUGUGCAUUAAACAAGAGCACCGUGCCAAUGCCACUCAGGAGACGCCUGAAACGUCCACAGCUACCGGUAUGGUACCAGUCGAGUUCCCCGGCGAGGCUCGGUCUGUUGACUACACUUCGGAUUCUGAAAAUGUUCUGAGUAAAGAAGGUUCAUUUAGCAGCCAAGAAGAUCUACCGCCAGACUUCAUCCCUCCCCGAGUGUGCCUGGAGAGGAAUACAUCCUUUGGAACAGAGUACAGCGUCUAACCAGCCACUGGCACCAUGCCUCCCCCCUUCAUUCCUCCGCUCCUGUUGCCAUCACAGUGAUAGCCACAUAUUAAAAUAGAUAAAGAAAGUGUACCUUAGUUUCUUGAAAGAUUCG